AUGCGCUACGGCAAAAUCUACUACUACGACCGGUUGGGAAACAAGGUAGACGAUCACGAGCCGGUUAUCAAGAGUAAGUGUCAUAUAAGUCUGAACUGAACAGUAUAUUAGUGUCGUUAUGUUACUACUGACGUCAUUGAUAACUUUGGCACAAAAUCUAUAGUUCAUAUGUGUAGCUAUAAUACUGUAACUUAAUUCUAGACGAAAUCCGCCAUUUCUCAGUGAACUCCCCCAAGAUCUCCAAGGUCCUAGCUGGCAUACCUUUCGACGAGAACAAGGUAUUCCCAGAUUUAGACAAAGCAGAAUCCAUGGACGGUCUGAAUAUGCAAGAACUCAUAUCUUUCGACCGACCCGCCUUACCCGUCGACCUUGAUGACAUAGCCUUCCCCCAAACUGACAACGAUCAUGGUGGAUAUCCAGCUGACCCAAAGCCUGUAUUCUCACCAUUAAACGAUCUCAAAAGCCCCGAUGACGAUAGAAAACAAUUUGCCAAGGAGUUAGAUCACUUGAGUGAGAACUUGAGCAAACUUAAAAGUGCAAAUGAACUGGCAGAACAAUUCAAGACUAGCCAGCUCGAGAAGGAGUUUGGAGCUGAUGACCUAUGUGAUGACUGCAUACGAUCACUGACACGACACGGCCAACGACCACACAGACAUGGUGCAGAUUCUGCUCUGAUGGGUGAUAAUGUAAGUUCGACCCAAAAUAAUCUUAACUUAAAGAUUGUCGAAGAAAAAACUACAAAACUAAUGGAAUUUCUAGGAACAAGAGUGGCAACGAAAGCUCAGAAACCAUGUAGACAAAGUGAACGACCAACUGUUUCAUGACCAACGUAGAAGAGAGUUACUACCGGUAAGUUGUGUGACAAACAAACAUUGUGAUCUAACCGAAUAUAAUGUAAGAUUUCCGCUGGUAACGCUAUUCUGUAACUAGUUAUACAAUAAUAUAAGUCAUUACAACAUCCAGAUGAACGUAUUACCACCAUUUGCAUAUCGACCAGACGAAGACCAGGAAGUAAUUCGAAAACAAAAAGAAAAGUACAGAAUAGAACUAGAGCAAGACAUUGAAAAGAAAGAACGAGCUAAAGUCGACGAUUUCGAGAAAGGACAACGUUACAGUAACGUCCUUAACACGGCCGAUGCCCAAGCUUACUACGACGACAAACGAAACCUAAAGCAAGUUCAAGAAGCCAACGAAAGGUACGACCAAGAAUUCAAUCGACGUCAGGUAAGUUUACACAUUUGAAGUUAAUUGUAAAACGAAGUGUACCAACCUGAGUAAAAUUACAUACAGGCCGAACUAAGAGCCAAAAGAGAGAGAUACGAUGAAGAACAAGGAGAAUGGUGGGAAGACAGAGCAAAACAAGGUGAAAUGAAGCUAGAAAGAGAUAAACAACAUUAUAUGGAUCAGCUACGGCGCAAUGAAUUCUUACAGUAAGCUAUAUUACCGUUAACGUCAUUAAGAGGUUCCUUACCAAUACGCUUAACUAGUCCAAGAUAAACCGCUAUUUAACUUUAGUUUAUAAGGGUUUUAAGCUUCUAUUACCCGAAAAUUAAUCCCAGAUUUCAGACAGAACAUCCAGAACCUUCAAGACUUCGAAGACCGUUUCAAAGACCAAAAAGAAGCCCAACGUGCUCAGCGCUACCCUCAUCAGGCCGAUGUGCGGGCCAAAGUAAGCCCCAUUACAUUAGCCUUUACUGCCCAUUUAGGUGAAGAGAUAGUCGGAACUCAUUUCAGGUCGAGAUUCAGUCGGAAUUAACACGACCAGAAGCUGCCCGGAGAGCUCGAGUCAAUCUCGAGUCCGUCUGGGACCAAUGGGCCGAAGCUCAUCAACGGAACGAUCGACGGAAGCGCGUCCUACAAGAGCACGGCCGAAAAUCGGCGGUUGACAACCGGGUGAUAUUUGACACCGCCGGCCCUUCACAUUCACAUCAUCAUCACACGCCACACGUCAAGUGUUGCAGGAGAUGUCAUCGGCCCAUGCAAAUUAUCAACUGA